GCAGCCAUUUCAAACAACGCCAGUUUCGUGAGGAGGCGCUAGGAAACGUUAGUUAUUAGCCAGCCUUUCGUUGACGAAGCUACCUAACUUACAUAUUCACAUUUAUUGGAGACCCUCCGACAAUAAACCACCAAGAUGUUUAACAGAAUGACAAGCCUUUGGAUGGGUGAUCUGGACCCAUACAUGGAUGAGAAUUUCAUCAAACAGGCCUUCAGCACUAUGGGCGAGACGGCGUAUGGUGUUAAGAUCAUUACCCACAGAGUAACGGGAGGAUCGGCAGGCUAUUGCUUUGUGGAAAUGUCAGACGAAGCCAGCGUUGACCGAUGUGUUCACAGACUGAAUGGGAAGCUUGUUCCAGGAUCAAACCCGCCCAGAAAGUUUAAGUUAAACUAUGCAACUUACGGGAAACGGCCAGAAGCUGGCCUGGAAUUUUCAGUCUUUGUCGGAGAUCUGUCUUCAGAGGUGGAUGACUACCAGCUCCAUCAGUUCUUCCUGAAGAAGUACCCUUCCUGCAAAGGAGGGAAAGUGGUCUCUGAUCAGUAUGGUAACUCCAGAGGUUAUGGUUUCAUCAAGUUUGGGGACGAGAACGAACAGAAGAAAGCCAUCGAUGAGUGUCAGAAUGCCACAGGCCUGGGGACGAAACCAAUCAGGAUCAGCAUAGCUGUGAACAAGAGCCAUAAAAUGAACAGCUAUAACAACCAGAACCACAACUCCUACCACAACAAUUACCAACAGCCGUACUAUCAACAACCCAACCAGAACUACUACCCUCAUUGGGGCUAUGACCAGUACAACAGCUAUAACUAUGGUGGCUAUGGUCCCUAUGGAGGGUACCCUGCUCCAGGCCCCCAUGGGAUGAUGGGACCCCCACCUCCCAUUGGCAUGCCCCCCAUGCCCACAGACAUGCAGACUUCCUCCGAGCAAACACAGGAGUCCACAGAUGAGCCUGAAGAAGAGGCAGCAGAAGACCCCAACCCUCAGCUGGAUGUGGAUGCACUGAACACAGAAUACAUGGAGAGGAGCGAGGAGCUCUACGAUUCUCUCAUGAACUGUCACUGGCAGCCACUGGAUACCAUCACAUCAGAAAUCCCGCCUUUUUCCACUUCCUGAUCUGUUUCAACUUGUCUUCUGAGUUUAGUAUGAAAUGAAUCUUCUAUAAAAGGGUAAAGUCGUUCAGAAAAUGUCUUUUUUUUUAAUCACCAGUACACACAGCAUGUUUCUUCACUACUGCCUUUGCCAUUUGUAUAUAUUUUUCACAUCCUUCCCAUUUUUUAUUUUAUGGAAGUAAUGUUAUUUUUCCGGGUGCACUAAACUUUCUGGCUGUGUUUGUUUGAUUCAGAAACUGCAUUUUUUUUAUUUGAUUAAAUGAAGUAAUCAAUGGUCGUCAUCUCCCAGACAUGAUUUGUUUGUAUUUAUUUUCAUGAAGAAAAAAACAUUUUAGUUGUAACUCGUUUUAUUUUUCGCAGAUUAAAAACUUCAAUUUAA